CUGAAAGGUUUACUUCGCCAUGGAGCUACUACAGGUAGUAUACUUAAAUACAAUAGUCUUACUUCAGGUCAGCACAAACUAUACUUUGGAGAGAUCUACAACGUGACCGGAUACGAAUUCCUGGAUGCGUAUGCUUUCACUACUUACUGCGCUUGCGAAGGAACGUGCUGCGGGCAAGUGCGACUAACAACCAGUAACACCAUUGCGUAUCAAGAAGUAAAUCUCGGUCCCCUAAAUCACGUAAUGAGUGAUGCGGAGCAAACGUUGUACAUUGCGAAUGUGUUGAACUACGAUAAUAUGCUAUGGGCAAAAGCAGACAGUACCGAAUGUGUUGACCUGAUUUGA